CAUUAAAUACAAUUCGAUCAGUGCCCGUCAAAGAUGAAUUCUGUCAGGCAUUCCCCAUCGCGCAAAAAUUCGACGCUGUGGAWUGGAAGUCGAGUUCUCGUAACUCUAUUUCCUCUCUUUGUUGCCUUCGCGGCGAUCCAAUUAAGCCAUUCGUUCACUCCGUCGGCAGUGAGAUCAAYGCAURACUCUCGAUCCUGUCAAGCAAUUACCACAGGGCUGAAGCAACAACUCACUCAAAUAGAACCAAUCAGAAACAAAGGUGUCAGGGGCGAAAUUGGAAUCGACAAGUCGGUCCGCAAUUCAAACAACAAUACGGAAYCUACCGCAACCUCACAACCAAAGAAAAAUGACGUGUUUGGUUCGUUCAACCUUUCGAAGGCSAGGAUCGAAUCCGCGGUGGACGAGAUGAUGAAAUCAACCCGGACCAUAGGCCUGMUCGGUGAAACAUCGGUCCCUCGGGAAGAAGAAUCAUUUCAGUAUCUCCCAAAAGGGAACACGGUUCUGGCGACGGCCGCUCAAAACUCAGCACGUGUCGCGUCCCCAAUGGACGACCUAGAUAUUGCCAAUCUUCGCCUGUCUGUUUUUUCCAAUUUUAACCCCGAAUCACGACAACUUUUUUGCGAUCGGUCCUGUGCACUGCUCAACUCGAGACGCCAACGCGGAGCGACAUGCAUUGUUGCGACAUCCAACAAAAAAYGUGACGAGGAACUAUCAAUGGAUGCAGUCGGCCAACGUAGAAGAAAUAGCGAACACAUUAUCGGCACUGCCGAAAUAAGCUUUCACGAAUUUUCGCAKACUUUGCUAGGGUAUUCUCGUCCUAAAGAUUCUUUGYUAUACGUCACCGAAGUGGCRGUCGAUUCAAACCAAAGAAGAAAGGGUGUUGCGAAACUCAUGAUGGAAGGGAUCGAUACCCUAGCAAAAAUUCGGGAAGUGGAGACUAUUUAUCUACACGUUGAUGUCACRAAUGACGGGGCCGUKAGACUCUACGAAAAGGCAGGAUACAGUAAAAUGGAUUCGUCCGAUCCCAUGUAUCUCGAGUUCACUACAAAAUUGAACUUGCACGAUGGUGCAACGAARGGAAGAUGUCACUACCUGAUGUCAAAGGAUAUACAGCGACCCACCUGGUUGAAUGUCGACAAGCAACAAAAAGGAUAUCGUUCGCACCAKAGGACACUUGGGAUAGAAGUGAUGCCUACAUUUUGAGAAAACAGAUUUCUUUGUUGAUAGGAUGCCGAACAGCCACACUUUGUUAAGAUAUUGUACAAUASAGUUCAUGUCUCACUAGAUAGUAAUACUAGUCGAUAACAUAUUAUACCACGUCACAUAAUUUAUGUA